ACUAUGCCUCUAUUUCAAAAAUUAAAAAAUGUUUUUACAAGGAAUGAAUUCGAUUAUGAGUCCCCCGACCUCGAUUUGUAUAAAUUUCACCCACAGAUUCGAAUAUUCCUUGUAUUUAAUGGAAUAUUUUUUAACAAUGCCGAGUCGAACUUAAGGUUUUGCUGGCCUGUUCUAAGCACCAUGUUAACGUUUGUAGGUGCAUCUAUGGAAUUGAUGUUCAUUUACCAUGGUAUAGACACGGAGGAUUACUCGUUCGCUACGGAAUGUUUUUGUUACUUUCUAAUAUUAAGCACUGUUCCCUUAGUUUACACAAGUGCGUUAAGCGGUAGAAUCGAAAUAGUGAACCUUUUAAACUCUAUGAAUCAGGACUUUUUAUAUAUUUGUAAGCUGGAGUGCAAAUAUAGACGUUCAUUUCUUCGGGGGCAAUUAAUAAUAUGGCAAUUGUAUAUAGCCUGGUUUGUUUUCGUCAUGGCAUUAGUAACAGCGUAUAUAAUAUCGACCUUAGUGUUGCUUUUAUAUCAAAGUUUAUUUGCGUCACAAACCGAGAAUAUGGUGAGACCGAUGAUGUUUCCGUUGUGGCUACCGGCUGACGAUCCCUAUAGGACACCGAACUACGAAAUAUUUUUUCUUAUUGAAACAGCUCUUUGCUUAAUAGUGCCUCAAACAUUUUGCGUGUAUAUUUAUGUGUUCUUUCAUACUCUGUUGCACCAUUAUUAUCUAAUGGAUAUGAUAUUUUUUGAUUUUGAAGUACUUUUUAAUGAUCUAAAAGAAUCGGUGGUCCAUCUAUCACGAGAUCAUCCUGACCGUAUACAUGUGCAGCUUAUUCUUAAUAAGCGAAUAAGUCGAAUUGUUAAGUGGCAUAAUUUAGUUUUCAAGACAAUAGACGCAGUUUCUUCUGUUUACGGCCCUCCACUUGUAUAUCAAGUAAUGUUUAGCUCUAUUUGCAUAUGUUUAAUAGCCUAUCAAGUAGCUGAAUCAUUGGAUGACGGAAAAUUUCACGUGCUUUUUGCAAUGCUCUGUAUUGCCACUUGCAUACAGCUUUGGAUACCUUGCUAUCUUGGAACCUUAAUUAGAAACAAAGCACUCUCCGUUGGAGAUGCGGCUUGGAAUAGCGGAUGGUAUGAGACACCUCUGGGACGUCUUGUACGACAAAGCAUCAUCAUAAUUAUUAUGCGCUCACAGAAGCCUGUCAGCAUAAAGUUCACGGGCCUACCUAACGUAGAACUCGAAACAUUUUCUUCGGUCAUAAGUACAUCAUAUUCUUAUUUCAAUAUUUUACGCCAGUAUAAGUAG